AUGUUCACAUCCAAGUCCAUUUAUGCCCGAAGCUCCCCCGGCUUUCUAGUAGCGGGGGUUGCCCCUCGGCAUAUCACGUAUCGACCACGACCGGCUGGUGGCGAGGGCACGCUCAAAACACCCUUACAACCCAAAUCCGUGAACUCAAUCGACCGUCUCGCAAGACCAUUUAAAUGUCCUGGUUCGGCGACGCCUACGCGAGCAUCUGAGAAACCGUCGAGGAAGAAGCGCAAGGUUAAUUAUGCCAAUGCUGAUGGGAGCGUGGAAGAUGGAACGGAGAAACCAUACACGAAUGAAGACCGGCUUGCAUUGGCGACGAGGGAGGUCAAUAAGUUUCCGGUGUUUAAGCCGCGGGACAAGGAUAAGGCGUUUCGAUCGCGAUUCCAGAUCCCGUUCAUCAAUAAAGCCGGAGAUGGCUACAAUGCUGGCCGGGCUGCUCCGACAUUGGGCAUGAGACAGGGUGCGACAUUUGUUGUUAAGCCGCUACAUGAUCCAAGUGGAGAGUUUGCGAUCGUCUUGUACGACCCUACGGUAGAUGACGUCCCUGCCGAGCCUGAGCCUAAGGCUUUGGAGGCGCCGACCGAAGAGAAGCCAGAAUUGGAUGAGCCGAUUGUGCAUAAGAGUCUGGCAGAUAUUCUGGGGCUUAAGAAGGAUGUGGUGGAUCGACCGAAGGUCCCGGUUGUGAUUGAUCCGAGACUUUGCAAAGUGCUACGGCCACAUCAAGUGGAGGGUGUGAAGUUUCUAUAUCGAUGUACCACUGGGCUGGUUGAUAAGAAUGCAAAUGGAUGCAUCAUGGCAGACGGUAUGGGUCUUGGGAAAACACUUCAAUGCAUUGCAUUGAUGUGGACACUUUUGAAGCAGUCAUCUGAGGCUGGAAAAACAACUAUUCAGAAAUGUGUGAUUGCAUGCCCGUCAAGUUUGGUCGGCAAUUGGGCCAACGAGUUGACAAAAUGGCUUGGAAAGGACGCCACGACCCCCUUCGCAGUGGAUGGAAAGGCAUCAAAGACAGAGCUCACUGCCCAGAUCAAGCAAUGGGCUAUCGCAUCAGGGCGUGGCAUUGUCAGGCCUUGCCUUAUUGUGUCUUAUGAGACGCUCCGUAUGUAUGUUGAUGCGUUGAAGGAUGCACCAAUUGGACUCCUUCUGUGCGACGAAGGACAUCGACUUAAAAACAAAGAAAGCUUGACAUGGACUGCUUUGAACAGUCUGAACGUUACUCGCCGAGUAAUUCUUUCCGGAACGCCCAUUCAGAAUGACUUGUCUGAGUACUUCGCUCUACUUCAUUUUGCCAACCCGAAUCUGCUCGGUUCGCAGGCCGAGUUCCGGAAGAGAUUUGAGCUGCCGAUUCUGCGAGGUCGAGAUGCCGCAGGUACCGACGAAGAGAAGAAGCUGGGUGAUGAACGUCUGCAGGAGCUCUCCGGUAUUGUCAACAAAUUCAUCAUUCGCCGAACCAAUGAGCUCCUCUCCAAAUACUUGCCAAUCAAGUAUGAGCAUGUCGUGUUCUGCAAUAUGUCCCAGUUCCAGCGGGGUCUAUACGACCAUUUCAUCCAAAGCCCUGAGAUUCGAAGCCUUCUCCGUGGUAAGGGUAGUCAGCCGUUGAAAGCAAUUGGCAUUUUGAAGAAGCUUUGCAAUCACCCUGAUCUCCUUGAUCUUGGAAACGAUCUUCCGGGGUGCGAGCAUACAUUCCCCGAAGACUAUUCGCCCCCAGAUUCUCGGGGUCGUGAUCGAGAGGUCAAGAGUUGGUAUUCUGGAAAAAUGAUGGUGCUUGACCGCAUGCUAGCCCGGAUUCGACAAGACACAAACGAUAAGAUCGUUCUCAUCAGCAACUACACCCAGACGCUGGAUCUAUUUGAAAAGCUUUGUCGAUCGCGUGCGUAUGGUUGCUUACGACUUGACGGCACAAUGAACAUCAAGAAACGCUCGAAGCUGGUAGACAAGUUCAACGACCCAGAUGGUCAAGAAUUCGUGUUUCUUCUGAGUAGUAAGGCUGGUGGAUGUGGUCUGAACUUGAUUGGUGCCAACCGCCUGGUACUGUUCGAUCCCGACUGGAACCCAGCUGCUGACCAGCAAGCGCUGGCACGAGUGUGGCGUGACGGUCAGAAGAAGGACUGUUUCGUCUACCGUUUCAUUGCAACUGGUUCGAUUGAAGAAAAGAUCUUCCAGCGCCAGUCCCACAAACAGUCACUAUCAUCGUGUGUCGUCGACUCUGCAGAAGAUGUCGAGCGUCAUUUCUCUUUGGAUUCCCUGCGUGAACUCUUCCAGUUCAAACCCGACACGCGCAGUGACACCCACGAUACCUUCAAAUGCAAACGGUGCCGACCCGACGGCACACAAUACAUCAAGGCCCCGGCUAUGCUGUAUGGUGACACGAGCUCGUGGAACCAUUUGAUUAAUACUGGCGAGAAGGGGCCUCUCAAUCAAAUCCAGGAUCUGUUAUUGAGACAGGAGACCGGAGAACAGGAUGUCUCUGCUGUUUUCCAGUACAUCAGUCAUUGA